AUGAAUGUUGGACCGUUCGCCAAUGCGACUCGGAUCGCUCCAAUGGUGGCGACGUCGGUAGUGAUCAUAACACUGCUCACUUGUGUGUCAUUAGCUAAGGCCAAGGACAUCUAUCUUGGUGGACUAGCAUGGCCCUAUUUCUCUGACACAGGCAGAGAUGCACCUGCUUACACCGUGUUCUGUGCUGGGCUUUCGAUCGUGGCGGUCGCUCUUAUCGUCACGUGGACUGUCAAUUACAAAUUUCAAGCUGAACUAAUUGAAAUGAAAUGUCAAGGGAAUGCAGAGAAAGUAUGCGGCAAAUAUACUCGAAAGUGCUGUCUAGUUGUACUGGUGCUUGGCGUGCUAUCUACUUUUGGACUACCGGUGCUCGCAUUUUUCAGCACGACAAGCUAUCCGGAUGUUCACAAGUAUGCCGCCUACUGGUUUUUUGUCUUAGAGGCCAUUGCAUUAGUAGUCAAUACAUAUGUGAGCUAUAAGCUUGCCCGUCUGACUGACAGGGGAAAAUCGUACUCCACGUUGGAGUCGGACGACCAGCCACCAUCAGCAAAAUUUUCAAAUCUAUUUGAAUGGUCGACUUCAGGCACUAAGCGCACAUUCUGUAUUCAGUUGUUUUUCACGACGAUAUUCUUGAUCGGAUUUCUUCUCUAUAUUCCGGUCGGUCUGGCAUUGAUUGACGACUUUCAGCGGCUCAGCAUUGCUGACUGUUUGAAUCUCGAUUUAGGUGAUAGAUACUGCAAUGACACUAUGAAGCUUAAUGAUGAGGAAACCGUCUUAUGGAACUAUGGUGCUCCGGAUUGUUGCCACUAA